AGGGCUCUCGAGGGCCCCAACGCCUGCCACCUCCCUCCAGCCCGGCUCAGCGAUGGCGAGGCCAGGACAUGCCUGGAGCCGUCCAUCACUGGAGGAAGAUGAGGAGGCCGAGGACCCGUUGGAUGCCAUGAUUAGGGGCUGGGCGGCGCAGCACCGGGAGCUGCAGGAGUGCAUGGCGGCGAGGCAGGACUGGCGGCACUGCCAGCCCCAGGUCCGGGCUUUCGGCGAGUGCAUGGCCCGGCGGCAGCACGCCAAGGAGCCGCGCCAGGCAUCCAGCUCCCACCAAGCCCAGCCCUCGCCCACCGGGGACUGAAAUCACCAGGGAUCCCUGCUCCCAGCACCGUCAACCAGCCCCCCCAUCGGCACCCCAGCAAUGCAGCAGCUGCACCAUUUGACCCUGGUUUUGUGGUUUUUUUUUUAUUCAAGAGGGUGGAUAUGCUGGUAAAUCCAUGCUACGCUGCUGGGAAAAUUAAAUCCGAUGGCAUUCAUUA